CCAAGAAUGUCUGCAAUUCAUAAAGAAAUAGCUCAAAGAUGAGCUAGAAGGAUUCUUGAUAGUGAAAUAUUGAUAUAUUUCCUCGGAAACGGGAUAAACAUAGAUAUUGGAGCGCCUGAAAUACGCUCUUAUGAUGACUUCUGGAAGGAAUACCCUGUUUUUGAGAAAAACAAACUUUAUAGGGCAGAUGUGCUCAGCCAUGACUUUUGUCAGAAAUCUCCUGAGCUAUUUUGGUACUACUUUGGCAAGGAAUAUCAUACUUAUAAAAACAUGAAGCCAAAUGAGUGAUACUUCAAGAUGCUCCAGAUUGCAGAAGGACUGAAGAGGGAUAAUUAUUAUGUCUUCACUACUAAUUAUGACGAACAUGUAUUAGAAGAAGGAUUCCCUGAGGAUAGAGUAUUCGAAGCUCAUGGAAACAUCAACACCUUGCAGUGAUAAACAGCACUCCUGAGUGAGAUGAUCUGACUAAGGUUCCCUUCGAGGCACAAUUUUACCUUAAUGAAGAGGAAUCUAGGUGCGAGAAUUUAUUAGGAUGUCCCAAGUGAAAAAGCUAUUUAAGACCAAAUGUAGUCCUGACUAAGGACACCAAGUUUAAUGUCAAAGAAUACAUGAAGAAAAAGGACAAAUUUGACUCUUUUCUGCUUGAGAAUAUUCAUAAGAAAAUAGCAGUCGUGGAAAUUGGAGUUGGUGUUUUUGGAAAAACAGCCAGAGUUGUGGGAGACAGUUUGCUCAAAAAUGCAAAGAAUUUGAGCUAUAUGAUCAUUAAUCCAAGAGGACGGGAAUACCGAACACUUCGAAAUAUGAUUGAGAAGGGGGAGGAUAUUAAAUCGGAUACAAUAGAUACAAUGAUGAACCAUGAUGACCUGCCGACUCAUCUGAAAGCAGAGAUCGAGUUUUAUCAAAGCAUAAGGAACGAAGUUAUCAAGUUUCCUGUUGGAGCAAAUGAAGGAAUCAGUAUGAUCCAUUCAGAGAUUAAAAACUUAGUGU